UAACCCACUGAGCAAGGGCAGGGACCGAACCCGCAACCUCAUGGUUCCUAGUCGGAUUUGUUAACCACUGCACCACAACGGGAACUCCUAAAAAAAUUGUUGUUACCUUCUCAAUAAUGGUGAUUUGUUUAGUGUGUGACUCAAUGUCAGUUUUGGAAAUUUGGCAACAUAAAAUUCACCAUCAUACCUAUUUUCAAUGUGACUUUUUAAAAACUCUGAGUAAUUUUAUACAACUGCUUUUCUGACUCUUGAGUUUGGAAAAUGAGGUCAACUCUAGUGUGGGCCAUUCUGUGCCCAGGGAACGGCAGAUCUGAGCCCCAAAAAAAGGGCUAGACAAGCUCUUGGGCACAGCUGAAUGGUUCCGAGCCCUUGACCUCACUUUGGUUUCCAGCCUAGGAAGGGCUGACAGGAUCCAGCACUCUUUCCCAGGGUCAGCAAAGGGCCCAGGUUUGAAGUUAGGCACCACUGGGUUCUCAGCAGGGCCUCCAAGGCCCCCUCCUCCUGCUUUGCAGAGAAAAGCGGAGGUGGCUGAAGAGAGGAGGAUAUGAGAUUGGUUCUCUGCUCCUCCCUCUCUCUCCCUGCUUUUCCCCACACCCAUCCUCUCCCCCACAGAGACUGGGAAGAGGGAGGGGGGCGGAGUUGGGGACUGAGGGCUCGGAAGCCCCACGGUGCCCUGUGUCUGGAGGAAGCCCUGGCCAGGGGCAGCUGUGCUGGCUCUGGCUCUGUGCCUCUCACUGCUUCAGCAUGAUGCUGGGGACUCUGGGACUUUGGGCACUGCUUCCAGCAACAGUGCAAGGUAAGUGUCUACAGGGAGAGCAGGGUCUUUCCAUCUACCCGCUGAGGAAGGAGGCAUUUGAAGCAGCAGCCACCCCUUUGGAAGAGUGGUGAGUAGGGUGGGUGAGUGACGGUGAAGGGUACAGCCACGUGUCCCUGUGUAUGUAGGGUGGGGGGGUCAGGUUCCAGGCUUCUGCGGACCCUGGGUCCUCCUGUGGCUUUACCAUGCUGGCCCUGGGAUAUAAAACAUGUUUUGUCUCUCCUUUGGAUGCAGUUUUGGCCCCCGCAUUCACUCCCAUCUUGAACCCUCCCCUCUCCUUACCCUGGGUCGCAGCACCCCCAAGCAGGCGGACCUGUGUGUUCUUUGAGGCCCCUGGAGUGCGGGGAAGCACAAAGACUCUGGGGAAGCUGCUAGAUGCAGGACCAGGGCCCCCCAGGGGUAUCCGCUGCCUCUACAGCCACUGCUGCUUUGGGAUCUGGAACCUGACCCAAGACCGGGCACAGGUGGAGAUGCAAGGAUGCCGAGACAGUGAUGAGCCAGGCUGUGAGUCCCCCCACUGUGACCCGAGCCCCCGAGCCCAUCCCAGCCCCGUCUCCACUCUCUUCACUUGCUCCUGUGGCACUGACUUCUGCAAUGCCAAUUACAGCCAUCUGCCUCCUCCAGGGAGCCCUGGGACUCCGGCUUCCCAGGGUCCCCAGGCUGUCCCAGGCGAGUCCAUCUGGAUGGCACAGGUGCUGCUGGGGCUGUUCCUCUUCCUCCUGCUGCUGCUGAGCAGCAUCAUCGUGGCCCUGCUACAACGUAAGGCCUGCCGAGUGCAAGGUGGGCCAGAGCCAGAACCAGAGCCAGAGCCAGAGCCAGACUCAGGCAGGAACUGGAGUGCCGAGCUGCCCGAGCUGCCCGAGCUCUGCUUCUCCCAGGUUAUCCGGGAAGGAGAUCACACAGUGGUGUGGGCUGGGCAGCUGCAAGGCAAGCUGGUAGCCAUCAAGGCCUUCCCCCUGAAGGCUGUGGCCCAGUUCCAAGCUGAGAGAGCACUGUACGAGCUGCCUGGCCUACAGCAUGACCACAUUGUCCGUUUCAUCACCGCCAGCAGGGGCGGCCCUGGCCCCCUGCCCUGUGGGCCCCUGCUGGUACUGGAACUGCACCCCAAGGGCUCCUUGUGCCACUACUUGAUCCAGCACACCAGUGACUGGGAAAGUUCCCUGAGGAUGGCGCUGUCUCUGGCACAGGGCCUGGCGUUUCUCCAUGAGGAACGCUGGCAGGAUGGCCAAUAUAAACCAGGUAUUGCCCACCGAGAUCUGAGCAGCCAGAACGUGCUCAUUCGGGAUGAUGGGUCCUGCGCCAUUGGAGACCUGGGCCUCGCCUUGGUGCUCCCUGGCCUCGCUCAGCCACCCACCUGGGCCCCUACUCAACCCCGAGGCCCAGCUGCCAUCAUGGAGGCUGGUACCCAGAGGUACAUGGCACCAGAACUCUUGGACAAGACUCUGGACCUACAGGACUGGGGCACAGCCCUCCGGCGAGCCGACGUUUACUCUCUGGCUCUGCUCCUGUGGGAGAUCCUGAGUCGCUGCGCAGAUUUAUACCCUGACAGCAGCCCACCCCCCUUCCAACUGGCCUAUGAGGCAGAACUGGGUAGCAGCCCCACCACCUGUGAACUGUGGACCUUGGCAGUAGAGGAGAGAAGGCGUCCCCACGUCCCAUCCACCUGGAGCUGCUUCGCCACAGACCCUGGUGGCCUGAGAGAGCUCCUGGAGGACUGCUGGGAUGCAGACCCAGAAGCACGGCUGACAGCUGCGUGUGUACAGCAGCGCCUGGCCGCCCUGACCCAUCCUCAGGAGGCCCGUCCCUUCCCAGAGGGCGGUCUACGUGGAUGCCCACCUCUCUGCCCAGAAGAUGGUCUCUCAAUUCCUCUCCCUCACCAUUUGCCCUUACAAGCCUCGGCUGAGCGUCUGCCACGUCAUUGUUCAGCAAGGCCCUAGUUCCAGAAAUCCUCAACUCCCUGUACCGCUUCUCAUGUGUAAAGAUGCAGUUUAUGUAUAAUCUGUGUACAUGCAAACAUAAAUACGGUAAUCAGAUGCCUGUC